GUCCGACACAACCACUUUUAUACUCGACUUGCUUUCCCCUCCCUUCCUGUCGGCCCCGUUGACCAUUUGAACUCCGGGUAUAUAAAUCCCCGCAUUCUCCAUCUCCCGACUUGUUUGGUUUUCUUCUUCCAGACUAUCCCUUUCUCUGUUUAUCUCAUACUCUCUCCACAUAUUCCAUCAUGGGUAAAGACGACGAACCUAGAACCUACCGCUACAACGAGAAGCCGGUUUACACCACUUCCAAUGGCUGUCCGGUCUUCGACCCUCAGGCCGCGCAGCGCGUUGGCCGUAACGGCCCUCUGCUGCUUCAGGACUUCCACCUGAUUGACCUUCUGGCACACUUUGACCGGGAGAGAAUCCCAGAGCGUGUCGUUCACGCCAAGGGUGCUGGCGCCUAUGGCGAGUUCGAGGUCACCGACGAUAUCAGCGACAUCACAGUCAUUGAUAUGCUCAAGACCGUUGGCAAGAAGACCAAGUGUUUCACCCGUUUCUCUACCGUUGGUGGCGAGAAGGGUUCUCCCGACAGCGCUCGCGACCCCCGUGGCUUCGCCAUCAAGUUCUACACUGAUGAGGGUAACUGGGACUGGGUGUUCAACAACACUCCCGUUUUCUUCCUUCGUGACCCUGCCAAGUUCCCCAUCUUCAUCCACACCCAGAAGCGUAACCCCCAGACCAACUUGAAGGAUGCCACCAUGUUCUGGGACUACCUCUCCACUCACCAGGAGGCCGUUCACCAGGUCAUGCAUCUCUUCAGCGAUCGCGGUACCCCCUACUCGUACCGCCACAUGAACGGCUACUCUGGCCACACCUACAAGUGGAUCAAGCCGGACGGCACUUUCAACUACGUCCAGAUCCAUCUGAAGACUGACCAGGGCAGCAAGACCAUGAACAAUGAGGAGGCCGGCCGUUUGGCUUCCGAGAACCCCGACUGGCACACCCAGGACCUGUUCAACGCCAUCGAGCGCGGUGAGAACCCCUCUUGGACCGUCUACGUCCAGACCUUGAGCCCUGAGCAGGCUGAGAAGUUCCGCUGGAACGUCUUCGACCUGACCAAGGUCUGGCCCCAGGCCGAGGUGCCCCUGCGUCGCUUCGGCAAGUUCACCCUCAACAAGAACCCCCAGAACUACUUCGCCGAGGUCGAACAGGCAGCUUUCUCUCCCUCGCACAUGGUCCCCGGUGUCGAGCCUUCCGCCGACCCUGUGCUGCAGUCCCGUCUCUUCUCCUACCCCGACACCCACCGUCACCGUCUUGGCGGCAACUACGAACAGAUCCCCGUCAACUGCCCCAUGCGGGCUUUCGCCCCCUGGCAGCGUGACGGCUACAUGAACGUACACGGCAACUACGGCGCCAACCCCAAUUACCCAUCCACCUUCCGCCCCUACGAGUACAAGCCCGUAAAGGCUAGCCAGGAGCACGAGAAGUGGUCUGGCUCCGUCGUCACCGAGCAGCUCCCCGUCACAUCGGAGGACUACGUCCAGGCCAACGGUCUCUGGCAGGUCCUGGGCCGCCAGCCCGGCCAGCAGGACGCUCUUGUCCACAACAUCUCCGUCCACCUGUGCAACGCUCAUGAGCGCGUCCGCAAGGCCACCUACGAGAUGUUCACCCGUGUCAACAAGGACCUUGGUGCCCGCCUCGAGAAGGCUACCGAGGCGAAGGCCACCCACGCCAAGUCUGCUCGUCUGUAAUUCAAGAAUUAUCCCGCUUUUGUACUAUCCAUCUAGCAGCUCAGUUUGAUUAAAAUAUUAUUAGCAUGAAUUAACGAACCAAAUGAUAAACUAUUCUUUCUAUCUUGAUUUUUUCUUCUCGCUUAUGGUUUGUCUCGCUCAGCUUAUUGGGAUGGAAGUACGGAGUAAAUAACGUCCCCAUCAUCCUUCUCUGAUUGAUUUUCUUGUGAGAUUACAAUCUUACCUACCAUGUUGCGUCGAAUUGAACUGCUCAUUUCAGUUGUCUGCAUACCUAGCUCUAUAUUCUUCUUGAUUGGACGCAUCGUUGUGAGUACCGGAUGCAUGUCGCAUUUAGUUCUUAGCUUCUUAGUGGUCAAUCAGAG